UCUAACCUUAAAUUUGAACACCUGAUAAAAUAUAAACAAAGUGAGCUAAAAAUGUUGAGCGGUUUAAUUAAGAUAAGUGCGUUGAGUUUUCGUCUAUUCAACACGAGUUCAGCGUUGAGUGGACAGGAGAAAAUUAUGCAGAAAUUGAUGAACACUAAUAAGAAAAAGAAGAGAUUCACCAAUGAUGCACCGUUAUUACAGAAAGCAAGCGUUUUAACGAAAGGGGCGAACGAGGGUAAGAAAUCUUCAAGUUCGAAACGUAUCCAUGUCUUGAAUAAACUCUUUAUGAAGUACAUUACCGAUCUUAUGGCAACUGGGGAAUACUCGCAACACUUCUUAGGCCACGGUAUAGAAAUUAACAGGGUCCGCGUUACUCCGGACUUCCAAAUGAUACACGUUUUUUGGCUGGCGAAAGGAACAACUAGCGAUCAAGAUAUCGAAGCUAUUCUGGAAAAGCAUGCAGGUGCAUUGAGGCACGAAAUAACGCAGGUCAGGAUUGUGGGAGAAGUACCGAAAAUUCAAUUUUUUAAAGAUAAACAGUUUACCAAUUUAGCGGAACUCGAUUUACGUUUGUCGAAAGCAGAUUUCGGUGAAGAUUACGAACCGAUUCACCACACGACUAAGUUGAAAACGGAAUUGAAGUUGGAUCUGUCUCUAGAACCAGCAGUUCGGGAGCGUAUAGAGAAAUUGGAUUUGGAAAUUGAAGAGGAAAGCGACGAAAUUCUUCCCGAUAUGCCGCAGAAUGUUUUGGGUUUGGAUCAUGGUGAUAUUAUGGAACGUGUGAGAAAAUCUAUGAAAAAAACACACGCCGUGCAUAGAUUGGAUCCGGAUGUCGGAUGCGCAUUGGAACGCACCGUAAACUCAGAUCCUAUCAUUUAUCCGAGUAUGAAAGCGCAGAGGGAGGCUUUCAAGGAUUUCCUGAAUAAACGACAGUUGUUAAAGUCGAAGGCGAUGAGACCAGACAAGAACCACGUACUUGAGCAGGACUACCUGGAAGAGGAAUGGAAUUUAAGAAGAAAGCUAUACGAGGAGCGGAUGCAAUGGAAAGAGGAUUUGGAUGAUUACGAUUACCUUGAUGAUAAUGACGAAACAACGAAAUAAAUAUUAGAUUAUUAAAGUAAA